UCUUUUUCCUGAGCAGAUGGAGAACUCAACAGAGAUUAUGUCAUUUGUGCUGGCUAUGUAUGGUAACAUGGGACGCUUAAAGUACCUCUAUUUCACAGUUGCAUUGCUAUUUUACAUGUCAGUUAUUUUUGCCAACGCUUUUCUUAUUGUCAUUAUUUAUCUGGACAAAAACCUGCAUGAGCCCAUGUAUCUAUUCCUGUGCUGUUUGUUUGUAAAUGAAAUCUGGGGCUGCACGUCUAUUUUGCCCUGCUUGAUGGUACAUUUCUUGUCAGAGACUCAUGAAAUUUCAGUCAUUUACUGCUUCCUUCAAAUAUUCAACAUUCACUCGUAUAUAGGUAUUGAAUUUGGAACUUUGACAAUGAUGGCAUAUGACAGAUAUGUAUGUAUUUGUAAGCCUUUACAUUACAACGUCAUAAUAACUAAAAGAACAGUACAAAAGGUCAUUCUUGUUAUUUGGGUGGCUACUUUUAUAGAGGUUGGAGUUUUAUUGUCAUUCACUGCUCGUUUAAAGCGCUGUGGGACUAUUAUCAACAAAGUUUUCUGUGUACACCACCUUGUAGUUGAACUCUCUUGUUCACCAAACAGAACAUUGUCACUCAUUCAUGACCUGGUGUUUGGCCUCAUUUUCUCUGUUGCUACUCCUGUCUGUUAUAUUUCAUACACUUAUGUAAAAAUCCUGUCUGUUUGUUUAAAAGGUUCCAAAGAGACCAGGAUGAAAGCCCUGGAAACCUGCACUCCGCAUUUUGUUUCAAUCACCAGUGUUGUCCUUGGCUGCUUUUACAGUUUGAUCACUCAGAGAUUCGAUGUGCGCUCUGUUCCAUAUCCGCUGUGUGUUUUCUUUCAUAUCUAUAUAAUGGUUGUUCAGCCUCUGCAAAAUCCACUCAUGUAUGGCCUUAAACUGUCGCAAAUCAGACAUGCUUGUAAACAUUUGUUGGGCUCUACCUUUUCAUGGAGAGUAUUUUAA